GCUUCCCAGAGCUGUCAGUCACUCGUGUCCCUCCCCAGCUCACUUCCCCAUCCAGCAUAUAAAGGCGGGGAGCAGGGGGGCAGCAUGGUGUGGUGCCUGGUUCCUUCUUGCUGGUUAUCUGCUUACCUUCAACAGGGGGGAAAAAGCUGCGAUGGCCUCUGCUAUGCCUGAUAAAGAGGAUGCUGUGAAGAGCUCCCCAGAGAUGAAGGAAGAGGAGCAACAGGAUGCAGUAAAUCAGAUGGCUAACCUGACCUUUGUCAGCUCUGCCUGUGACAUGGUUUCUACCGCUUAUGCCUCCACUAAGGAGAGCCACCCCUACAUCAGGUCUGUCUGUGAUGCAGCAGAGAAAGGAGUGAAGAGCAUGACUGAAGCCACAGCCAGCUGUGUGCAGCCACUUCUGACUACACUGGAGCCUCAAGGUAACUCCCUGGGGAAAAGGAGGUCUGCAGCUGCUUCUGAAGGUCUCUCUCUCCUUCCAGCUCUGAAAGGAGCCCUAGGGUGUGGGAAUGCACCUCUCCUCCAUGUUGCUGCAGCAAAUGAGUAUGCCUCCAAAGGUUUGGAUAAACUAGGGGAAAAGGUCCCACUCCUUCAAAAGCCAGUGGACCAGGUUAUCUCUGAAACAAAAGAGCUGGUGUCAUCCACAGUGGCAGAGGCAAAGGAUGCUGUGAGCAGCAGAGUGACAGAGGUGAUAGAUGCAACUAAGGGCGCUAUUCACAGCAGUGUGGAAGCUGCCAGAUCUGCAGUAACCAGCAGUGUGGGGAUGGUCAUGGACUCCAGAGUGGGCCAGAUGGCUGUGAGCAGAGCAGAAGCUGUGCUGUGGAGAACAGAAGAAGACAACUCUCUCCCCAUUGGAAAUGAGGAAUUAGCCAAACUGGCAGCAUCUGAGGAGGAUGCAGGUAUAAUGUCUGUGGAGCAGCAGCAGGAGACGAGGAGGUACUUUGUGCGGUUGGGCUCUCUCUCUGAUGAACUUCGCCAGUUUGCCUACCUGCACUCUUCAGAUAAAAUGAAGCGGAUCUGGCAGGGCAUGCAGGAGGCUCUUGGACAGCUUCACUCCAUCAUUGAACUGAUUGAGGUGUUUAAGCAAGGCUUUAAUAAAAAGCUUCAGGAAGGGCAGGAGAAACUGUGCCAGAUGUGGCUGGACUGGACUAGGAAGCUUCCUGAAGACAGCAGAUCUGCCAGCUCUGCAGAGCCAGAGGAGAUGGAGUCUCUGGCCCUGCUGAUGGCACGCAGCAUCACGCAGCAGCUGCAAAUCACCUGUUGUAAAAUUGUGUCUGCAAUCCGAGGCCUUCCCUCAAGCCUUCAGGAUAAGGUGAAACAAUCCCUUAAUACCAUAGAAGAGCUUCGUGCUUUUUUCUCAGCAGCGAAUUCCUUCCAGGACUUGUCCAGCAGUGUCUUGGCCCAGAGCCAGGGGAAGCUGGCUGUGAUCCAGGAGUACAUGGAGGAGCUGCUGGACUACCUGAAGGACAACCGGCCUCCGUCCUGGCUGGUGGGACCCUUCUCUCCUCAGGAGGAGGAAACUCUGCAGGAGGAGGCCUUGCAGGAGGAAGCAGGGGCUCAUGAAGCUCCUGCCUCCUCCCUGUGAAAGGCAAGGCCCUGAGCGCAGGCCUGGGAGCUUGGACUUUGAUAGCUUUACCCUACUUCCCAGCUGAAGGUGGAGCUGUCACACUGAAUAAUCAUUGGGUAAUAAAUUUCAGGGGGUAAUGGAGGUUAGUAGGACUGCUCCUUGGUGCUGGUGGCUGAGCAUUGGCUCAAGAUACAGACCUGAAGGUCUCCAGUGCCCCCACCUCCCUAGCAAGCUGUCUAAGGCAUGGCCUUCCAUGGUGUAUCCAUGUAAUGCCUGUACUCACGCGAUAUCUGCUGUUGGUCCUAAUCCUUCAACACAGUAUGCAAUGUAAAGAACUCUUCCUAGAAGCUGUAUGUAUAUGACCUAGCAUAACUGUUUAAAAUAAAACUACUGCAUGCAAAAAUG